UGUCAUUUAUUGUAAUGUUGGAUUUCUAGUUUUUUUGUAAUGGGUCAUGUUUAAAGUAGAUUUUGCAUAGUGUUUGUAAAAAUGUGCUGUUUUCAAAAUUUGCCAAAACUUUGAUUUGAGUGAUUUUCAGUUGAAAAUUGCAUGAGUAUUGAGAAAUAAAGCCAAAAAUCUUGAUAAAAAUCAAAUUUUUGACAAUGUUGAAGCAGUUUCUUAACAAGCUUCCCAAAAGAUCAAUCAAGUCUGAAACUUUUGAAGACCCAUUAAAUGAAUCAAACAAUAAUGGUGGAAUUCAAAGAACAGCAAGUUUAAACAGUGCAGUUUCACCAAAACUGAAUGCACCAAAAAGGACUUCAUCUGCAGUGUUUCCAUCAAGUGUUAUUGCAGGAAUUGAGCCACUUUUGCCAUUUAAAGAUGCACCUGCAACCGAAAAAAUGUCGCUUUUUAUAAGUAAGUUAAGUCUUUGUUGUAUGGUUUUCGAUUUUAGUGAUCCUAGUAAAAAUGUAGCUGAAAAAGACCUUAAAAGAUUGACAUUAAUUGAGCUUCUUGAUUUUAUAUCAUCUGGGCCUCCUAGAUUCUCUGAGCCUGCAAUCUUAGCAUUAAGUAAAAUGUGUGCUGUUAAUUUGUUUCGAGUAUUUCCUCCGAAUUAUCGAUCUAGUAGAGGUGGUGAGAAUGAAGAUGAUGAACCGUCAUUUGAUCCGGCUUGGCCUCAUUUGCAAAUUGUGUAUGAUAUAUUGCUUACAUUUGUAACAUCGACUUCAGUUGAGGCAAAAGUUGCAAAAAAGUAUAUUAAUAAUUCGUUCAUAUUGAGAAUGCUUGAUCUUUUUGAAUCUGAAGAUCCCAGAGAACGAGAGUGUUUAAAGGCGAUAAUGCAUAGAGUUUAUGGGAAGUUCAUGGUGCAUCGACCUUUUAUUCGGAAGAGUAUAAGUAAUAUAUUUUAUAGGUUUGUUUUUGAAACCGAACGACAUAAUGGGAUCGCAGAGUUGUUAGAGAUAUUUGGUAGUGUGAUUACUGGAUUUGCAUUGCCUUUGAAAGAAGAACACAAGAUAUUUCUUUGGAGAACUUUGAUUCCAUUACACAAACCAAAAAGUUUAGGAGUGUAUUUCCAGCAGUUGUCGUAUUGUGUUACGCAGUUUAUUGAAAAAGAUCCAAAGUUAGCUAGUACGGUGAUUAGAGGGUUGUUGAAGUACUGGCCGAUUACUAAUAGUCAGAAGGAAGUGAUGUUUUUGGGGGAGAUUGAAGAAAUUCUUGAAGGAAUUAGCAUGUCCGAGUUUCAAAGAGUCAUGGUUCCUUUGUUUUGGCGGAUUGGGUGCUGCAUCAACAGCUCACAUUUUCAGGUUGCAGAAAGGGCGUUGCUUUUAUGGAAUAAUGAUCAAAUCUUCAAUCUUAUUGGGCACAAUCGACAAGUGAUCUUGCCCAUCAUUUUCCCGUCUCUUGAAACAAAUGUGCAGAAUCAUUGGAACCAGUCGGUUCUUAACUUAACACUCAAUGUGAGAAACAUCUUCACAGAGAUGGAUAACAUGCUGUUCCUUGCCUGCCAUGCUCGGUUCUUAGAGGAACAAGAGAAGCAGAGCUUUGCAACAGAGAAGAGGAAGGAAGCCUGGGACCGUCUAGAGAACGCUGCGAGUCUUCAACCGAUAACGGGGAAUACUACUGCUGUUCUUGUAUCAAAACCAUGACUAAUUUAACUUUUCUUUUGAAUUAUGCACUUUUUUUUGUCAAGUGUUUCCUUCUUUUUUUUCAAGGCAUGGUGGUCUGUGGCAGCCUACUGUUGUAACUUCAUUUGGAUUCAAUGUAAUAUCAGUUCCGUCAAGGAAAAUCUUUUUAGUUA